AUGUAUGCUGGACGCAAGAGGAGAAAACCCGUCCAGAGAGCGCUGAAACAGACCCCUGCUGAGGGGACCAAGUCCAAUCCGUCCAAACGACAUCGGGACCGGCUGAAUGGUGAACUGGAGCGACUGGCCAGCCUGCUGCCGUUUCCUGAGGAGGUUACUGCCAGUCUAGACAAACUGUCCAUCCUGCGCCUGAGCGUCAGCUACCUACGAGCCAAACACUUCUUCUCUGUCACCCUGAACAGUGGGAAUGGAGCAGCUGAAGCCAGAGGCAACGGAGACGAGACAACAGGAGCUGCAGAAAAGCAGAUAUCUGAAGGAGAGCUCCUGCUGCAGGCUCUUAAUGGGUUUGUCCUCGUCAUCACUGCUGAUGGGACCAUCUUCUACUCCUCACACACCAUCCAAGACUACUUGGGCUUCCAUCAGACUGAUGUCAUCCACCAGAGUGCUUAUGAACUGGUCCAUACAGAGGACCAGCAGGAACUUAGAAGAAACCUGCACUGGGCUUUGAAUCCUCCCCAGGCUGCAGCAUCAGUCAUUUCCCAGGACUCCUCCCAAGAGAUGGAACCUGACAGCAGCUCUUCUUUGGUCACCUACAACCCGGAGCAGCUUCCACCAGAGAAUUCCUCCUUCCUGGAGAGGAAUUUUGUGUGCCGUUUCCGCUGCCUCUUAGAUAACUCCUCUGGUUUCCUGGCUCUGAACAUCCAGGGCAGGCUCAAGUUUCUGCAUGGACAAAACCAGCAGCGAGAAAAUGGAGGAAAGGCCACGCCCCAGCUUGCCCUUUUUGCAAUUGCAACUCCUCUCCAGCCUCCAUCCAUCUUGGAGAUCAGGACCAAAAAUAUGAUUUUCAGGACCAAGCACAAGCUGGAUUUUACACCCCUGGCAUGUGAUGCUAAAGGAAAAAUUGUUCUGGGGUACACUGAGGCUGAGCUACGAGUUCGAGGAUCAGGCUAUCAGUUCAUCCAUGCAGCAGAUAUGCUGUACUGUGCAGAAAACCAUGUUAGAAUGAUAAAGACAGGAGAGAGCGGACUAACAGUGUUCAGGCUCCUCACUAAAGAGAAUCGCUGGAAAUGGGUCCAGGCCAACGCCCGGCUGGUGUACAAGAACGGCAAACCGGACUACAUCAUCGCCACCCAGAGGCCACUUCUAGAUGAAGAGGGAGGAGAACACCUGCGUAAGCGCUCCAUGCAUCUCCCCUUUACCUUUGCCACAGGUGAGGCCUUACUCUACCAGUCCAACCACCCCAUCGCGGGCUUCAUCGAUGGAAGCCAGGAAAAAAACAGCACUAAGUGCAAGAAGAGCCGGGGUGAGAGGCUGUUAAGGGAUGGCUUGGAUCCCGGCUCCCUUCUUGGGGCUCUCAUGAGUCAGGAUCAGUCUGUAUAUGUCUGCCAACCAGCUCCAGAGCCCAAAACAUCCUUUCACAGCAACUUCUUUGGAGAGCAGACAAACCUUUCUGUCUCUGAACCUUCCAGACAGAGCAAGAGUUGGCAUGAGCCUCGGAAUGGUGCUUUGGGGCCAGGCAUUCCAGAACCGGGCACCAGCUUUGAUCCUUUGCUAGCAACCCUGGAUUCCCUUACCUUGGAAGGCCAGGGCGUGGUGGACGCAGAGGAUGGGGGUUGUUCGAACAGUGAGCUGUUUGGAGCUCUGGAAGGGCUGGGCCUUAGUGCCGAGGACCUUGAGCUGCUGCUGCUAGAUGAGAGAAUGAUCAGGGUGGAGAUGGAUUCUGAGCGUGUGCCUACGUUGGAUGACCUCCUAACAAAUGAUGAAAUCCUCUCAUAUAUUUACAGCUGUAUUGAGGGAAAGGCAUUCUCUACUGAGCAUGGGCGACUGGCACCUCCUAGUACUUCAGUGCCACCGUCUGAAACUAAUCCCAGUCCUGGUACUGAUGUGCAGAUGCUUUUUCCUCACUGUAAACCUCAUCUGUUGGGGCAGGCUCCUAUCGUGCAGCUGUCACAGCAGAUGCAGCAGCACCUCAACAUACGAACAGGCAAACUUGCCCAUGAUUGGAGCCAGCAAGAUGACCAGUUAACUAAUGGAGAGCUGCUGGGGCAUAAUCCAUCCCUCCACAACGGACAGUGGACAGCUCAGGACAUUCUCGUCAGCACAGGAAAAUAUCUCCAACACAUGAACACUCAGCAGAUGGUGUUCAGCAGCAAGGCCUCAGAGCUGGGUGGCCAUUAUCUUCAGCAGGAAACACACCAACACUUCCAACUUCAGCAGCCGUCGAUGACUCAGAAGCAGCUCUCCGAGCGCCGCCAUGCUGAACAGAGAUCAAGCACUCUCAACGGAAUGUCUGACGCCUUCUUCUCCAACGGGUCCACAGAUUUUGGUUUAGCUGACAGUCUGGGUAGCGACAGCUGUCCUGACAGCGUCCAGAAAUUUCUUGCAAACACUUCUGUAGACUUGUGCACCGACUACAGAAUGACAGACCUUCCCAAUGUCAAUGGAAGUGGUUUGUUUGGGAAGGUCGGACAGCAGGAUGGCAGUGAGUUUACAGUUUCAUCUGUCCAGCAGCAGCAACAGGAGGAGGCCGCUGUCCCCUUCACUCAGGUGAUCUCCAGCCUGGCUCAGUGCCCUCUCUCCAACACCUCCUUGGAGCAGUUCCUGACAGCUGGAAAGCCCUGUCAUCAGCUGGACCACAGUGACAUAGCGAGCUCCGAGAUCAGCCACGAUUCCAGUACCAGUAAGAUGAAGAAAGGCUGCAUCCUGAGCAGUUCCUAUCCUGGAGGCUGUGUCCUGCCCAAUGGGAAUGGAGCAGCGCCCCCUGUUGUUAAGGUGGCCAAUUCUAAGCCUUUGCCUCGGGUCCCCGACCAACAACCCAGCAGCUUCUACCUCUGACCGACUGAUUAUCAUGUUGCAGGACUGGAGGAAGCAGAAAUGACUGGAGCCGCCUUAUGCAUAAAGACAACACUAGUUCUUUUGUCCUUCUUCUGUUUGUUUUCUGGUUUUA